AAAGUACCUAUUUGCAAGUGACUUUGAUCAGGUGUGCCGGAGGAGUGCAGGAGCUAAAACAUGAAGGCCUUAAUAUUUGUGUGUUUCAUCUUAUUUGUUACUAAUAAGGUGACUGGACAGACAUUAGAACCUGUGUGUUCUAAUGUACCUGACUUUGGCCAAUGUUUGAGCGCUUGGACCUGUAAUCUAGACGUUAGUAAAUGUGCCUGUUUUGAAGGAGAACCAUAUUGUCGGUGCAAUAACCGAAAAGGUGAGUUUUACAUUGAUGAAGACUGUUCCCAGAGAUGGACAAUUGUGACCUUUGCCUUGGUGGCAUCUCUGCCUGGUGUCACGCUUGCUGUGCUUGUGGGGACUAUUGUUUUCUUGAUCAUGCUGCCAUCAAAAACAAAGAACAACAAAGAAAAUAAAGUCAACACAGUUUCACCCAAAGAGGAGGAUUUAUUUCCUGGAAUUACAUUCGCAUCUGAUCUGAAUACUCGACCUGCCCCUAACAAUGUUCCCAUGCAAACCAUGCCCAACCGUGGCAGCAGUAUGUCCAUUGGUAUGCGUGAUCCCCCAAUAGAAGCUCCUGCACAGCCCUACAGCUCAUCCAAUAGUUUGCAAUAUCCUAAUAGAACAACUGAUGGAAGACCCCAUGGACCAUACAAUAUAUCUGGUGGGACACGUGAUCCUCCUAUCGGGGGUCCUGCUAAACCCUUCAGCUACAUAGCGGGUCUUGGUGAGACGGUUAACAACCCUUAUGCUAGAGAUUAUUCACCCAGCCAAAACCCCUAUGAGAACAGAGGUCCUUCUCCAGUUCACCGUAAUGAUUACAGACAAGCUGCCCCUUCAUAUCAAUAUGAGGAUGUGGUAUGUAACACAUUUGUACCAAAAAUAUCCAUUUCAAAAUGUAGCAGUUUUUAUCCUGAAGUGUUUAUGGAGCAGUACAACACUGUUCUGUUAAUGUUCAGCACUGAAUCUUAUGGCAGAUGAUCAAAGGUCUUCUGUAAAAGCUUAUGUCAUUUCUGUUUCUGUCUCUUUAUCAGAUUCCGGAUUAUUCUUUUGAUCGUGGAAACUCUCGUGGUGGAUUUCCACGACCCCAAGUAAAUCUAAAGUACUAGACUUGACUAGCUGUUAAAAUGAUUUUGUGAUUAAAAACCAAGGAGUAUUCUCAAUUGUGUGUUAUAUCAAAUUAUACAUUUUUGAAAUACACGCAACAAAAGUUAAAGUGAAAAUAAACUAAAAAUGUUCUUGAAUAUUACAUGAAUAUCCUUUAAUUGGUCUGGAAACAUGUCUUUAAAUCACCCAUAAAAAUUAAAUACAUUCUUAAAAACUUUUAUUCUGUUUUCUAGAAAAUUCAAAUUAUAAUGAGAGUUCUGUAUCCCAUUAAUACGAUUUAAAGUCAACUUCAAUUAAGGAAUUGACUUCUGAAUGGUGCACAUUAGAU